CGCGUGUUUGACACAAGCUGGCGUGUUCCCCGAGUCGUGCGAUAAAUCGGCGGAUAGGCAGAUUGUCAUGACAGUCAGUGGCGGCGGAACUCACGUCUUACCUGACCGAGACUCGCACACUCUCGGACUUUAGUUGGCGGUCUUCACGGAAACCAUGAAGAGGUUUAACUCAAUAACGUCUCACUUAGUGUUGUGUGUGUUUGUGGUAUCUGUUUCAGUUGUCUCCCCUGCCAGUUUCCACGUGCAAUGGAAGGCUCCAGGUUCAUCAAGCAUCUCGGCAAAAGAGUUGUUACGAAACGGCGGCGAAAUAUUCGUGGUGAGCACCGCACGUGCUAUCGACAAGACCGCCGAGCCGGGCCCCGAAUCUCCCGUUAAGGAAAACGCAAUUCUCGAGAGCGUUUCUAAGUCGUCAACAACUGACGCUGGGUUUGCAUUAACUCCGUCCACUAAAACACAGCCAGAAAUCCCGACACAACCGGCUGGCUCGCCUGUCACGGGAACAACGUCACGUGAUAGGACGGGUGACGUCACGACGUCGCAAGGCGAUACAGGCGUGACGAGAGUGAACGCUUCGUCGUCCACGUUGCCUAGUGACGCGACUGUGACGAUUCAGACUGGUGACACGGGGACCACGUCUGAAGUGGCAGUGCAACAGACAGAUGUCGUCAGUGUCGUCACGGGAAUCCAAGCGGCUGAAGGCACUGUUGCCAGGUUACCCACAUCUGCUGAUACAGCGUCAGAGGUCAGUCCAAUCAAUCCAGCCACGGAAGUGACGUCAUUAACAGGAUCGCAGCAAGAGACAUCGGCAGUGGCGUCUACGGUUUCUACACAUGCAGAUAGCGCACAGACGAACAGCGCACAGAUUAAUACCGCACAGACGAAUAUCGCAGAUACUAAUACCGCAGAUACUAAUACCGCCCAGACAGUAGACAAAACCACAGGAGACUGUCCUGCACCGCCUAAAGUGUUAAGCGCCUCAGCACGUUACCAGUCUACACUGAUCGGGUCAGUUGUUUUCUACCAGUGUAACCAAGGCAACCCUCCCAAGAGAGCGCUCUCUGUCUGUACGUUCGAGAAAACGUGGACUUUGGUCUCGCUGCACUGUCCGGCGACCGAGUGUCCAGCUACUCUUCCGGUAGUGACGGGAGCUGUAUCUUCAGUCAGUGACAUGCGCAUUGGGUCCCUGGUCGUGUUUACGUGCAACGUCUCAGGUGGAUACACGUAUAGGUCGGGAGGAAAAUACAGCGAAUGUGGACAAGAUGGCGCCUGGACUCUGCCGUCAAUCCAAUGUGUUCUGCCUGCUCCAGUGAUCCAAGUCUCAUCACCUGACCAUCCGACAAGUGUGGCGUCAUCUGUAGAUCCCCCACAACAACCUACAACGACAUCUAGUGGGCAGACAUUCCUCAAUUUCUCCAGGAAGUCCUACUCGAGUUCGAGUAACCAAGCAGAACCGCCGACAUUCUUGAAUUUCAGGAGACCUUUCAGUCCAGCAAUUCCCAAACUACAAGCACCGCCUGUUUCCCACACGUCAACCAGUCAACAGGCGACCGACAUGUCCGUCAACGAUCAGUCAACCAGUCAGAGGCCACAGAGUCCGCCGUCGGCUCCGCCCAUAAACCAGGCUUCGGACAAUCAAAAUGUGCCGGUAGCGCCCACUAACGAAGUGUUAACCAAUCAAAUGCCGGCUGUGUCCCCCUCCAGCCAAUCGUCUUCAAAUACCGUGCCAGACCCAGAAGCAGCGACUGCUACACCAAAGAAGCCGCCGUCAACACGUCCUGCAGCUAAAGUUGAGGCAGCUAUACCCAAAGAAUCACAAGCGAAUUCCAACGUCCCGGGAUCUCUGUCCUUCCAGCCGAUAUCUCUGUCUGACCACAUGUCCAACCCGCCCACCGCGUGGACACCGCACGCGCCGUCGUCGUCGUCGUCGCUGGUUGCACCAGAAACACCAACAUCGCCAGCGUCAUCAACACCAGGGAAAUCAUCGUCUUCUUCAUCAGCAGCAGUUUCUACAGUGUCAUCAACAGCAGCAUCGUCAUCAGCUGGAACAUCAUCAUCAACAACUUCAUCAUCUUCAUCAUCAGCCCCAACAGCAGCAGCAGCAGGAACGGUAGCAGAAUCUAAACCUGGGCUUUCAGCUACAGAAGGUGCAGCAGCAGCAAAACCAGGAACAAGAUCCGAACCACGACCAGGACCAGGAACAGUUCCAGCAGCAGGAGCUUCAGGAGGGAAUCCUACGACGGCAGCUUCAUCGGCAGCAUCAGCAGCAGCAACAGCAGCAAGAAUCACAAGGGCAGGAGCACCGCCAACGUCCAAACAGCCAUCUGCUCCUAAUACACCCCCCAACCCUCCUCCAGCUCCUCCGGUUUCUCCUGCUGCGCAACAAAGCAAACCAGAAGUGAUAAAGACCCCGAGAUUACCCGAUAAGACUCCACGGAAACCACCGACAGGAGCUGGUAGAUCCGGCUCGUCAUUCGUGGCCUCUGUCCCAAAACGGAAAGUAAAACCUUCACUGCAACCUUCUUCACCAGCAGCUGCCACUUCUACCGGUCCGUCUGCGCCUGCUGCGCCAGGAAAGACUGUAGUGGGGCGUGAGAAAGUCACGGGACCUCGACCCCAGUCGUGGCGCUUUCGACAAGAUUACAUACCUCAACACUUCUUCAGUCCGACGGUUCGGUCAAAGGGAGGUAAUACUGGGCCUGCGGUGUUUCCUACCGGGAUGGGUCUUGGACGAGGAAAACCAAAAACAAAUUUCGGACCAGGAAAUAAUGGCAUGGGUCGGAUGACGUCUUCAUUCCAAGGUCUGAGUAAUGCCCGCUUGGACGCCAUGAUAAAUCAAGAAAUAAACAAAGCGAAAUCGACAUGGGGGGCUGCGCUAUCACCGCAAAUGCAGAAGUUUCUGUUUGGAAAUGUGGGUAUGACGCCUGGUGUUGGCAACACACCACCAAAGACUGAGUCAACCGCUUUUUCGACUCGCCACCAGUCGUCGUCAUCAGGUCGACAUCCGGGGCAGACUGGCUGGAAGAAGACCAUGACGUCACAUAAACAGCUGCCACCCAAUGGGCUCCAGCCGUUUGGUUCACAGUCGACAAACUUUGAUAUCAGCAGAACUCUCCUGUCAUUUCUGGCACCGAAACGACCAGCAACGCAAGCUCCGCCCAUGGACGCCGAGGCAUUGAUAGAACAACAAGAAGAUAUUCUGAAAGCACGCGCCCUGCUCAACAGAUACGGACAAAGUCCACUCAAGAAGAAAGCCACCAAUCAAGCCCGGAUUGAUCGUCAGUUAGCCGCCUUACAGGUCAUGGAACAGCACGCGAGUGACGUACCACCUCCCGCACAAAUGUUGGGGUUAUCGACCUUGUUCAAAGAACCCAGUUUCCCUAGACUCAGUCCGACCAGCAUUUUUGAAAAUCAAGCCCUGGCGUCAUUUAUGCAGCCUGAACCACAAGGCGCACAGCAUGCGAGUCAUCACCUGCAGUUUCAACGACGUCAGCAGCAGUUUUCUCGUCAACAACAACAGCGACAGCGGCAACAGUCAAACCAGAUGUUACAGCAGCCACGGAGACAGCACCGUCAACAACAAAAACAACAACUACCACAACAACGACCUCGUCAACAACCACAACGACACCAAUCACUGCAACUACCACAACGUCAUCAGAAACCAACCCAGUCCACGCGUCCAAGAAAAACUACAAUACCUUUCGACUUCAUGAAACUGCUGAUGGGAACCAUGCCUUGAGAUGAACUCCUUACCCACACGGACUGCACGUGCCAAUCUUGCAGUGAAUAAACACUUAUCUGUAGUUGUUGUUCUUGGAUUUCAUUUCGUUCAGGCCUGUUGGAGAUGCUACUUUGACGUGGGGACGAUGAGUAAAUGAUAACUAGUAGUUCUAGCAGAAGAGUUGGAAGUAUUGUGUUCAGAGUGUGAAUUCACGGAGGAUUUUCAUUUAAAUGUGUUGUUUGUUUGUU